AUGUAUUUGGAGAACAAAAGCAACCUGGAGAUUGAGAUGUCUCAGACGUCGGCCCAAGGCCAUCAGAGCAGGAACGGCCUGAGGUCACCGGAGGCCGUCGCGGGGAACUUUGGGGAGCUGCGACUGCUGCAGGGCAUCUCAGAGAGGAGAGACACCCAGAAGCUGCAGCAGUCUGCAGUUCUGCCCUCAGGACAGUGCGUCAUCCAUACUGAGGGCUUUGUCCCCGUUCGACAAGAGGAUGGGCACAGUUUCAGUGUGGUUAAUAUUCUCAGAGGGAAAACAAAUUCAGCCAACCUUACAGAGAGGUCCCCUCUGCUGAGAUUCUCUCAAGAUGACAGUAUAACCUACAUGACCCUACAUGACCCCAGCUUCGUUGGAGGGGAAGAGCCCUGGGACAACAGCUGCCUGGACCUGGAGAGGAGGUAUCGGCUGGGCAGCGAGGUCACCAGCCUGUCCCUGUCCCGCUCUAGCUCCUCGGAGAAGAACGACCCCCUGGACAACCUCAACCUCAACUUCAGACUCACCAGUAGCAUGAGAUGCUGCUUCAGAGCCGCCAAAAUUGCCACCAUCUUUGUCAUCGUCGUUCUCUGCAGCCUGUUCUUCAGCAUGUAUCCAGAUCGAGACAACCCCUGGAGGAUGUUGGCGGUCUCUUCAACAGACAGUUUCUCAAUGAACCUGACAGAUUUUCGAGACAACGCCCUGCUGAAGCUCCAGGUGGGGGGGCCUUUCACGGGAGGGAUGAUCGACCUCACCAACCAGGAGUACGUCCUGAUCCAGGUGGAGCAGACCGAGCAGCCGGGACAGCGGAGGAGGAGGGCUCAGCAGGUGAUCCAUAACUGGACCAUUCCUCUACACCCCGAACGAAGUGACCAGAUACUGUUAACAAAAACAUUCGAGAUGCUCAGCAGUGAUCCCAUCAUCAUCACGAUCCAGGCCUUCCUGCAGGAUAACGAGGUGGUGCCGUUAUCCAUGACCCACCAGUCGCUCUACGUCAACGUGGAGACACAGGUGGCCAUCGCCGGAAUCAUCCUCACCGGGGUCUACGUUCUCAUCAUCUUCGAGAUCGUGCACCGCACCCUGGCCGCCAUGUUGGGUUCUUUAGCCGCUUUAGCUGCUCUGGCUAUCGUCGGUGACCGGCCCAGUCUGGUGACUGUGGUGGAGUGGAUCGACUAUGAGACGCUGGCUCUUCUGUUUGGCAUGAUGGUACUGGUGGCCAUUUUUUCAGAGACAGGCUUCUUUGAUUAUUGUGCUGUGAAGGCUUACCAAUUAUCCAGAGGAAGAGUGUGGCCAAUGAUCAUCAUCCUCUGUCUCAUCGCUGCCAUUCUCUCUGCUUUUCUGGACAAUGUGACCACUAUGAUGCUUUUCACCCCUGUCACUAUAAGGUUGUGUGAGGUGCUUAAUCUAGACCCCAGACAUGUCCUGAUUGCAGAAGUAAUCUUCACCAACAUUGGAGGGGCUGCCACAGCUGUCGGAGAUCCACCCAAUGUGAUUAUAGUAUCAAAUCAGGACCUGCGUAAAGAAGGGAUUGAUUUUGCCAGUUUCACAGGCUACAUGUUCCUUGGAAUAUGCCUCGUCCUCUUCACCUCGUUUCCUUUCCUUCGGAUGCUCUACUGGAACAAAAAACUCUACAACAAAGAGUCCAUUGAAAUAGUUGAACUCAAACACGAGAUCCUGGUUUGGCGGCAGACGGCUCAGCGCAUUAACCCCGCAAGCCGAGAGGAGACGGCUGUGAAAUGCCUCCUCAUGCAAAAAGUCCUCAACCUGGAAAGUCUGCUCCGCAAGAUGAUGAAAACCUUCCAAAGACAAAUUUCUCAAGAGGAUAAGAACUGGGAGCAAAACAUUCAAGAGUUGCAGAAGAAGCACAGAAUAACUGACAAGGUUCUGCUGGUGAAGUGUGUGUCCGUCCUUUCCGUGGUGAUCUUCAUGUUCUUUGUCAACUCCUUCGUUCCCAGCAUUCAUCUUGAUCUCGGUUGGAUCGCCAUCCUGGGUGCACUGUGGCUUCUGGUUCUGGCUGACAUCCAGGAUUUCGAGAUCAUCCUGCACCGGGUGGAGUGGGCCACAUUGCUGUUCUUUGCCGGCCUCUUCGUUUUGAUGGAGGCUUUAGCCCAGCUGCAGCUUAUCGACUACAUUGGAGAACAGACAGCACUGCUUAUAAAAGCGGUGCCAGAGGACCAGCGCUUGGCUAUAGCCAUUAUCUUGGUGAUGUGGGUCUCGGCUCUGGCCUCUUCUCUCAUUGACAACAUUCCCUUCACUGCCACCAUGAUUCCAGUUCUCAUCAACCUGAGUCAGGAUGCAGAUGUCAACCUGCCAGUAAAACCUCUCAUCUUUGCCUUGGCCAUGGGAGCCUGUCUUGGGGGAAAUGGCACAUUGAUAGGAGCAUCAGCCAAUGUUGUGUGCGCGGGAAUAGCUGAACAACACGGUUACGGCUUUUCCUUCAUGGAGUUCUUCAGGUUAGGAUUCCCCAUGAUGAUCAUGACCUGUAUGAUCGGCAUGUGCUACCUGCUGGCCACCCACGUCGGACUGGGAUGGAACAUGUGA